UGCCAGUAUCAAGCCGAUACAGUUACUAUCCUGAGUAUCGACGUUGUAGAUAUUUGGACCGACCCGCCCACGUUGAAGUUGCCGACCCACUUUUGUAAACUACCAAUAUCGUCUCUGGCUGUUUAAGUCCAUAAAAUACACGUUUCAUUUAGGAUGUCAGCUAUUCGUUUAUUUGAAAUCUUAUUUUUCUUGUAUUUUGCGUCUCACAUUCCUAUCACGUUGUUUAUCGACCUGCAAACUGUUCUACCGGAUUAUAUCUAUCCCCAAACUCUGAAAGACGUCGUCCACGUAUACGCGGAGAAGUUUAAUGACCCCAUGGUGUUGGAUCCUCCGGAGUGGUUCAGGUCCUUUAUCGUCUGCGAGGCUUUGUUUCAAACUCCCUUCUUUCCCGUGGCAGCCUACGCUUUCUUCAAGGGAGGCUGUCAAUGGAUCAGGACUGCGGCCAUUGUUUAUUCUUCGCACGUAGCUACCACGCUGGUCCCGAUUCUGUCACACAUCCUCUUCCAUGAGUUCCCAGUUGACGGCCCGCGGGGCCCACAGACGCCACGUGAACGCUGGAUGCUUGCCUCCGUUUACUUUCCGUACUUGUUAGUUCCUGUGCUGCUGCUGUGCACCAUGUUGCUGUCGUCAACGUACAAUCCCAACAAAGCGUCUGUCAAGAAAGCCAAGAAGAAGAACUGAGGUGUUUCCAGGAGAAUAUACACCUUCAGGGAUAGUUCAGGACUUCUGGACUCCUACCUAUGAAGACUUUAUGGACACCUCUCUCAUUAUUAUGCAAUAAAGCUUAUAUAUUAAUAAUAAACAAUUAAAUAAUUGACUAAAAUACAUAAUAGAUUAAAUAUUAAUCUUACACAUUUUUAUUAAUCAAAAUCUACAAAAGGAAAUGUUCUUAUUUUGUUUAAAAUAAUUAUACGGUAAUUACAGUCUGCCUUUUGUCACUUUUCCAGUCUCUCUGUUUUUCUUUAUUGAUCCAUUAAUAACAGGCUUAAUAUCCCUAUUUUU